AUGGGAAGACACUCGAGGUCACCGUCUCCCACGAGGAGAAGACGCGAAGACGACUACGAUUCCAGAGGCCGCGAUGAGGGCUCUUCUCGCCGAGAUUCGAAAUAUGUCAGGGAUGGAGAGGAUGCGUCUAAGAGAAGUCGGAGCAAGGAUAGAGAUAGGGAGUCUCGUCGUCACAAGCGGGAUAGAAGUCGCAGCAAGGAUAAUGACCGCAAAGAAAAGAAGCGGAAGAGGGACAAGUCUGAAGAGCGACGCGCCAGAAAAGCCGAGAAGAAACGUAUUAAGGAAGAGGAGGAACUUCGACGUGUCGCUGAAUUAAGCGUCUACAGCGCGACCGACAAUCCUUUCCACGAUGUCAACCUCGGCCAACAAUUCAACUGGCAUAAGAAGAAUGAAAUGGAACGAAAGAAAGGUCUUUCCGUUGCUGAGGCAAAGCAGAGAGAUGCUAUCCGCCGUCAAGAAGCUAAAGAGGAACUGGAACGCUUGAACAGACGUCGGGCGGAGAGAGAGGUUGAACUGCGACUCAGAGAGGAGGAGGAGCUCAGGAUGGCCCGCCUACAGGAGUCGGCUCAGAUGUCGGAAUGGUUGGCGAAGGACGGUGAUUUUCAACUGGAACAAGAGCGGCGUAGGGCUGCUAUUCGAAUCCAAGAGAAACGUGCAAAAGCUAUCGACUUCCUUGCCCUGAAUCUCAAGUAUGUCAACCCACCGAAUGAAGAGGACAACAAUGAAGACGACGCUGGACUCGAAAUAGAUCUGGACGAACCCUAUAAUAUUUUUCGUAACCUAUCGACUGACCAAACUAAAGAACUCCAUGAAGAUAUUGAAAACUAUCUGAGAUUGGAGACCUCUGACGUGAAUAUAGACUUUUGGACGAACAUGAUGGUCGUGUGCAAGGAUCAUUUGGAUCGUAUCCAGUCGGAUGAACGUAUGGGAUACGAAGCCGCCGCCGCAGUCGAGAAAGAUAUUUCAUCUUUACUUUCUGGAAAGACUUACGACCAGCUUGCCGCGCUUCAGAGACGAGUUCAGGAAAAACUUACGAGUGGAGAGCCGGUGGAUACCGACUACUGGGAAAACCUUUUGAAGAAGCUUCUCGUCCAUAAAGCUAAGGCGAAGCUCAAAGCUCUGCAUGAGGUAGUUGUGCGCAAUCGCCUCGAACAGCUGAGGAAACGCCAGCGCGAUGAAGCAUUCCAAGCACAAGAAGAACUCCUUGCAGGCGUUGCGCGGUCAGCUGCUCGAAGGGCGGCGCCAGAUGUCGCUGUUACUGUUGCUGUUGAGGAGGAACCUGUUGUGCCUGAAGAUGUGGAAGCCUACGACCGUGCUAUGAGUCCUACUCUCAUCGAUAUUACGAAGCUUCCGCCAGAAGAACGAGACCUCGAUAUUAUCCUGGAAAAAGAAGACCGUCGAUCCCUGUUCGAACAACGUCGUUCUGUGGCGGCUUCACGAUUUGUUCCAAAAACUGCUCAGCCCGCCGCCGUGGAACCACAAAGCGAAGAGGCUGCUAGUGGUGCUGAUCUUGCGUCGGAGGCCCUUUACCGAGCGGAAGCUGAAAAGGAUCUCGACGAAGAGGAAGAAUUGUUCAACUUGGAAGAAAACCUUCCUAAUCCGACAACAUACAACUGGGAGGACAAGUACAGGCCCCGGAAGCCAAGAUACUUCAAUCGUGUUCAUACCGGUUACGAAUGGAACAAGUACAACCAGACCCACUACGAUACGGACAACCCUCCCCCGAAAGUCGUCCAAGGAUACAAGUUCAAUGUUUUCUACCCGGAUCUCAUCGACAAAUCCAAAGCGCCGACUUACAAGAUUGUCAAGGAGCCUGGAAAUGACGACACUGUCCUCUUGCAUUUCAGUGCUGGGCCACCGUACGAAGAUAUCGCCUUCCGCAUUGUGAACCGCGAAUGGGAAUUUUCACAUAAACGUGGAUUUAGAAGUAGCUUCGAUCGUGGCUGCCUAUCGCUGUGGUUCAACUUCCGUCGUAAUUUCUACCGUAAAUAA